CACACCGUUGUUUUCUUCUUCUCUCGUUUUUCCCCAGCAGGCAGGUAACAGGAGUUUUAAUAGAAGAUGGAGCACAAACUCAUCAUGGCUGUCUCCGGCUUCCCGAGUCUCUACGACACCAACUCUCCGACCUACCGGGACCUGAACAUGAGAGCCGACUCGUGGAGACAAGUCUCAGAGAUCGUCGGUGUUCCCGAGUCUGAAUGCAGGAGGAAGUGGAAGACGCUGAGGGACCAGCACCGGAGGGAGAGGCAGCGGGAGAAGGAGAGACGCGAGAGCGGCAUCGGGCUCUUUAACUACAGGCCGUGGAGAUACUCGGCCAUUUUGUCCUUUCUGAACCCGUUCAUCGACGCCAGGGCUGCAGGCACCAACGGCUGGGCUCUGGACCCGCAGCCUUCUCACCUCCACGCGUCUGAAAUGGGCUGCAGCACGACCACAGAGCCGCGGAGCGACGACGACGACAGUUACGACAUCUCUGUGGUAGACGCCACAACGACGUCAUCGUCAUCCUUGGAGUUUAUUCAGAGGAAGCGUUCGUCUUCUGCCAUCACGGACAUGAUCAGAUUUAAAGAACCAAAGUUGGAGUUGACGGACACUGCCGCCAAAGACGACUGCGUCCAAAUCCAACAACAGGAUAACAUGAAGGAGCUGUUUGAGAUGAUGAUGCAUUCAGUUACGUCUCUAGCUGCAUCCUUAGCGUCUUCGCACUCUUCCUCGCAGCCCUCAGAUCAGCUGAUGCCUCCCGCUGCGCAGUCCGACCUCCAUCACCCUCAGACGAACCGCGGCCUGCUGCCACCCUGCUCCGCCUCCAGGCUGAAGACAGAGGAGCAGGAUGCCGAGGCGGCCGAGCUGCUGGACCAAACUGACGGAGAGGAGGAGUUCAGUGCCGCUGCUGUGUCUCCGCGUCCGACCCACGCCAAGAGGAAGAGCAGCGACGGUUUGCUGGAGGAGUACCUGAGGAGGAUGGAGGCCAGGGACGCUCAGAGAGAGCGUGACCUGGACCAGAGAGACGAUGUCACGCUGUUCUUACUGAGCCUGGCUCCGGCCAUGAGGAGACUUCCUGUGGAGAAACAGUCGUGGCUCAGAACAAAGAUCCAGCAGUUUGUGCACGAGGCCGAGUUUGGUGCGAUGAGUUUUCAGUGAUGUCAAACUAUUUUACAUUUUUAUAAAUACUGUAUGAAUCAUAUAUAUUUGUGGACUUGAACAAUAAUUAACUUGCCGACAAAGUUUUUGUUUUUUGCAUUUUUAUGAUACAGCGACUGAACUUUUCUUUCUUCCUCAUGUUUUUGUGCUGUUUAUAAUAAAAUGACUCCUGUGACAGUA